AUGAAUCAAAUGCUAAAUUGUUCCAACAAUUUUGGAAAUAAUAAUCAACAAUCGUUUGAAUUGAGUAGCGGGAAUAAUAAUAGUAACAUCAUCAUAAACAUCAAUAAUACUGAUCUCUUUAUCAAUGAUAGUGCAGCAUUGACACCGACUAUUUUCGAUGAUGCCAUACAAUGCAUAUUAAAUUUUAAUUCAAGUCCAAUAGAAAUAACAAAUCACCUUGCAACGCAAUUCGAUUUCAAUGCAUUUAGUGAUAAUUUAACAGCGUCGAUAAAUUCAACAGACUUUUCAAUUCUAUCCGAUGGCAACGAAGGACCACGAUAUGAUUGGACAUUUCUAUUUGCCAUAUUCUUUAUCAUUGCUGGUGGUCUUGGCAAUAUUCUCGUUUGCUUGGCGGUAGCAUUAGAUAAAAAACUACAAAAUGUAACAAAUUAUUUUCUUCUCUCGCUGGCUGUUGCUGAUUUAUUGGUCAGUUUAUUUGUGAUGCCAUUGGGAGCUGUUCCUGCAUUUUUAGGGUAUUGGCCUUUAGGAUUCACAUGGUGUAACAUAUAUGUAACAUGUGAUGUACUGGCAUGUUCAGCGAGCAUCCUGCAUAUGUGUUUCAUUAGUUUAGGCAGAUAUUUAGGUAUAAGAAAUCCAUUAGGAUCUCGUCAAAGUUCAACAAAACGUCUUACAGGCUUUAAAAUAGCUCUUGUGUGGCUACUUGCUAUGCUCAUAUCAUCAUCAAUUACCGUAUUAGGUAUCAUUGAUGAGGAGAAUAUUAUGCCUGAGCCGAGGACAUGCGUUAUAAACAAUCGUACAUUCUUUAUCUUUGGUUCACUAUUUGCAUUUUACGUUCCAAUGGUUCUUAUGGUCAUCACAUAUGCUCUUACGGUUCAGCUAUUGAAAAAGAAAGCUCGAUUCAUUGUUGAGCAUUCAGAAAGUGAAACGUUUCGAAGACUUGGCGGUGGUAGGUACUCAUCCAAGCAAUCAACCUCAAGUGAUCAUGAACGUAAUGCGCGUAAAGAAGAGGCGCGAAAUAAUAAUAACAAAAAUAUCUCGCAUUCCCAAUCUCAAAAUUCAAUGAACUGGCGCACACAUGGUAGCGGUGGAAUUCUCAAAUCCGAGAGGUCAAACAAUAUGAGUACGAGUACGUCGCAUCCCUUACUCAAUUUCAACAAUAACAAUAAUAAUGGCAAUUCAAGAAGCUUAUUUUCGUCGUCACGUGGACAAACACAUGAUAAGAGCACACAGACGCCGGAAAGUAUUGAGCGUGAAACGAGGCGACAAAAAUUUCGUUCAUUAAAAACUUUCAAAAUCAAUAAUGUGCCAACGCCAUCACUGAAUUUUAAAAUAAGCUUUUUAAAUAGUCGGAAGCGUACAAAUUUAUCAGCAAAUGCUGUGGCGACUGAACAAAAAGCGACAAAGGUUUUAGGACUCGUCUUUUUCACAUUCGUCUUGUGCUGGAGCCCGUUCUUUAUUCUUAAUAUAUUCUUUGCAACGUGCCCUAAAUGUGAAGUUCCCGACCACAUUACAAAUAUUUGUUUGUGGUUGGGAUACGUGUCAUCUACCAUAAAUCCAAUUAUUUAUACAAUAUUCAACAAAACUUUUCGAGCAGCAUUCAUACGUCUACUCAAAUGUAAAUGUCACAAAUCGGGUCGACCGUCUCGAUACCGUAGUGUUACAGAUGCUCGUGGAACUAUUAGUUUAUGUGUGCCAUCAGCAUUGCCAUUGGCUAUAUCAUUACAAGGCGCUCCACUCUUAACACCAUCAUCAGUUCAGACACCGUUAAGUGAAUUUCGUACAAGUUAUCAAAUUACUGAUGAGGAUUGUUAA